AUGUUUCCUCCACCAUCAAAGCUCUGGGUGGCUGACUACGACAACAACGCUGCUCACCGAGGAGUCACUAUCGAUCUCACAUUCUUCAACUCUACUGAGCUUGUAAAGAGUAGUUGUUUCAAUGGUACUGCGAAUUGGAUAGGCCGAAGUGUUCUGACCAAGAUCCGCCCUGCUGCCCGUUGGGGCAACGUCAUGACCUACCUCGAGCCAUACAAUUUGGGAGUAACAGGUGGACGAUCUGGUCACGUCGGCGUUGGUGGCCUGCUAGUGUCUGGCGGUGCUUCCCACCACACGCAGCUUUAUGGCUUUUCAUGCGACAAUGUCGUCGGCUACGAGGUUGUCCUCUCCGAUGGAUCGAUAGUCGAGGCUAAUAUAGAGGAGAACACAGACCUGUUCAAGGCUUUGAAGGGUGGCGGAAGCAACUUGGGCAUUGUCACUCGUUUCGACCUCAGAACCUUCACCAUACCCCCUACUGGUGCCUAUGGCGGCCUACUCUUUGCAUCCUGGAGCGACUUGAGCGUCGUGGUUGACCAGUUUGUCAGCUAUGCCAGCUCAAUUGGUUCCGGCAGCCCCGACCACGAGUUUGUUGUCUAUCGAUCCGACGCUGGUAAUCUGGCUGUGAUGGCCAUGGCAGUCAGCACUGACGGCAACGAGAACUCGACAACGUUUGCUCCUUUCAAUGACAUUACCUUGACGAGAGACGUGAGAUCCAAACAACCUCUCAGUAAGAUUGCAGCGACCAUUGCUGACACCGGUGGUUCGCAUUACAUCCCUUUCUCUCUGUCCAUUCAGGCCACUGCGGAAAUCAUGAACAAAGCUGCGGAAAUCUUCGUGGCUUUGACACAAGAAUUCGACGCCACCAGUGUUCCGGUUUCCGUCAAUUUCGUCUUCCAGCCCCUCCCUAAGAACCUUGCCGCCGUCACGCCCGGUAACAACAUACUAGGCUUCGACGAAAACCUACCCUCCGACUCGAUUCUCUUCGAGGCUAGAGGUACCCUAGCAGCCACUGAUGCAGAGUAUGGAGGCGUUGUUGAGAAUAUGAUGGGCAGAGCCAUCGAGGAACUCAGAGCAUACUCCGCUUCCCUUGAAGGCUACUCGACCUUCCUAUACAUGAAUUAUGCCAACCCAGAACAAGACGUUCUCGGAUCAUAUGGUGCAGACAAUGUCCAAUUCCUGAAGGAUAAUCUUGAUAUUGUCUGA